ACUAUUUUUAACGAUCGAUAAUCACGGAACAUCGAUAAUCGUUAAAGUAUCAUCACUAAACGAGGGUGAAGCGGGAAAAUUUUGCAUUGCUUCCAAAUACUUUCUGCCAAUUUAGUUGUCUUCUGGUAAUAAAAUGUGUGAUACUGGAAAUUUAAUUGACUUAACAGGAUGGGAAGAGCCUAUAAAAGACGAAACGAUAAUUGAAGAAGCUGCUGUAAUUGAAUCCACUAAUUUCAAAGGACCAUAUGAUCCUUUUGAUUCAAUGGAAAAAGAGGCCUGCAUCAAGGGCUUACAUUUCCAGGAUCAGGAGAAACCGGAUACAGUUGCCGACAUUCAGUUUGAAUAUUCCGAUCAAGAUCUAAAUAAUGAAACGCCACCCGUUACCAUGGACUUUGUGCCGACAAAUGCAGACGGAUUCAAAACCGCCUCCACAUGCAAUGAAGCCCAUUCUAAAACUUUGCAAAAGCAGGUGGUUCAUCUGAAUGCUAUAAGAAAUUCAAAUAUAAGUACGCCACCGCAUCCAGUUUCAACAAAAUUCUCUAGAAAUGUUAUUCUAACUGAAAAUCUGCAAAUGAUAGCUGCAGAGUCACCAAUUAAAUUAAUAGAAGAUGAACCGAAUCCUAUCCCUAGUCCUGCUCCCGCUGCCGGUUCUACUUCCAAUCUAAGUGACGAUACAUGCUCCAAUACAGAAUUUGAGGCACGCUUAAAGAUGCUACGAAUUGCUAUGCUGGAGACUCAUCCCAAAACACAGAAACCACAUGAGAACCACUCUACUGGACAGAUGUCAACAACAUCAAAUACGCAGAGAUUAAAAGUGAAAGAAGUCGAAAAACUUUUACAUGACUUGAAAUCUUUGAUUUGUGAGCAUGUUGAAGAAUCAAAAUGGAAACAGUUCGAUAUGCUCAUGGAAUCCAUCAGGUGCGCUGUCUACUCCGAUUCAUCGCGUCCAUCAGAAAAUGGAAAUAAUUUAUCCACCGACUCACCACACUCCUACAAACGCCAAGCCACAUUUGACCUGGAUCUUGAGCGGCAUAAACAACAAUCCGCUGAAUAUGCGAUUGCGAGAAAAGUACAAGAAUUUCCAGAUGCUAUGACCUGCUCAUCGGCCACUUUUGAUGGUGAAUCACUUGCAAGUGAUAAGGCAGCGACUCCCAUUUCCCUACCCAUUAUUGACACUGAACCUCCGCAAUUAUCCCCACCUCAAAAGGCCGACUCGUAUGUAACUGAGGUAGUUAACGACAAUCUAGCGCUGCAAAUCAAUGAACUUCUGGAGCGGCACAAUCUCACAAAACUACAGAUGAAUGACAAUGAUCAAUAUCAGUACGAAUCGGAGCAUAAUGAGACGAAAUCUCUCGGUGGACCAACAGUAAUAUUAGUUGUAAACUCCACAGCCGCUAAUCAAUUACCCAGCUGCAUAGUUCAUCCAUCCACAACGAGGACAAAUAAACCAGCAGCUGCCAGCAGCAACACCAGCAGAGCUAGCACAUUGAGACGACGUUCAUCUUCGCUGUCAAUUCAUGACAAGUCCAAGCAAGAGCGACCAAGAUCGCUAGUGAAGCAAUCUUCUGGAGACGCCACCACCACCAUUAACAACGCCGCCAACCCAAACAGCAGCCAGUGUAUGCCAUUAAAGGAGCUUUCGGUUGUUGGCGACAAAUUCAAUGCAAUGUCCUCGUACAGACAACGCCGAAAUUCAUUUUCCGUUGGAUUAACAGCUGGCAAAGCAGGAGCAACUGCCUCAUCGAUUGCCCAGGGCAGAGCACUUUUGAGCGGCCGCAACAAAGCAGCGACUAUCAACGAAUCAAAUAUUAAAACAAACGUUAUACCUAUUAAACGUGUUACGCCGAUGGUAAAACCAUCGAUCGGGUCCACAGAUGUUAAGCAUUUGAAUUCAACAAUGCCGCAUUGCGUUGGACAGGAGACGCCCAUGCCGGCUAAGUCGAAACCAGCGAGCAAGUUGUUCUGCACCAGCACACCGAUGCCUCAAAUGCGUACAACACAGCAAACCAGAACACUGAAACCGGUGGGAAGAUAUUCCAACUCAUGUGCAUCCACUCCAAACGUGCGCUCAAUGAGCUACUCCAAGAAGGCGACACAAUAACUCCAUAACUCUAUAUGUGAUGUAUUUUUUAAACCUUGCAUUUGAAGUACAUUUGUUAAGUUCGAAUGUCAGAAAUCAGAAAUCAGAAAUCCGUCACGCCAGGUCACUCGUUGUGACUUUGGCUAUCUAUCUUUUGAGUCAAAUGAUAAUAUGUAUACUAUAUAUAACUAUAUAUACACUUAUAAUCAUGCCACAAGGCUAUAAACAUAUCAAGCUGACUACUUAAGUUAAACAUAUUGAAUCGAAUCGAGUACAUGUUCCAUUAGUUAUUAAUUUAUUUCUUACAUAUUUAUAAGCAGCGUU